GGCAUUUCUGAUCCUCUUCUGAAGCGAAUGGCAAAAUGUGCCAAAUCGAAGAAGGACCCUCAUGCGUGUGAGAAUCUCCACAACCUGAUUAGAAACAAUGGGAACCAAUUGCCUGUCAAAGUCAGCACAGUACCGUGCUGGAUCCGAACAUCCAGGAAACGAGUGCAUCAAGUUCUGACCAACUAUCCAGUCCUACGAGUGGUAGAUUGGGUUAAAACAAUUUUCAGCUAUGGAGGUCAUUUUUUCCUCGGCGGAAAGUCCUUGGAUGAUGCUGGUUCCUUUCGAGAAGAUUUGACUACAUUCUGGCGAAACUACCAGGUUAUUGAUCCCAGUUUGCCUUUCUUUGCGGGGCCCGGUAGAUGUGAGAGCUCAUGGGCAAACACAAUCCCAAUAGCGGUGCAUGGUGAUGAAGGCCGUGGAAAAUGCAAAAACCCAAUUAUGGUUACAUCAGUUCAACCCAUCAUGCCUUCGAUGUGCACUAGGUUGCUGUUCACCGUCCUGCCAUCACCGUACUCGAAGAAAACUUUCCACAAACUCUUGCAAGUUCUCACGGACGAUUUGAUCGAUCUAGAGACAAACGGUCUGACAGUUUCUUGGAAGGGGACUUCACAUCACUUCAGGUUCGUGAUGAUUGCAACAAAAGGAGACUGGCCAUUCUUGCGAUCAGCAUAUUCCCUAAACUGUGGGUUUAACUGCCGUGACAAGUGCCACAGAUGCGAUGUCAGGGAAUGGUGGGAUGUCAAAGGCGUUGUCAAGGCCUUGACACCGGAUGCGACAAACCCAGACCCCUUCAAGCAAGGGGUGAAAAGCCCUUUAAGGGAUCUGCCGUUGGGAGAUUGCACCAAGUACAUCAAAAUCGAUGGGAUCUUCAGAGACAUUGUGGCGGUGGUCAAGUGCAGCGUUUGUGCUAGCGAUUCAUUCUGGCGUACCAUUUAUGGACAAGGGAUUUGGAUACCCCGUGCUGUGGCCCAACAGCUGGUGGUAGAUGGAUGGAAAUUAAGUGAUGGUUACUCGACACUGGCAUCCCUGUGCUCCAAAGCAGGGUUCUAUGGCUACCAGGAACAGAAGACCAACCGAAUCAUGGAGCGUGUCUUCAGUCUUUUGGCCGCCCUGUCGGAGGAAGCCAAGAGCUUCAACUACAUGGCGUGGUUGCAGGCGAUGGGCGAAAGCGUACCUUGGCAGUUGGUGUUCCGUAUGGGUCGACAACUUCGAAUUCGGGACAUGGAGGUCACGGAGCUGGUGGAGGAGUUCAUCAACCAGAAACAGGAGAUUCGGAAGCUCCUUUGGAUUUCCAAUAUCGAAGCCGAAGAAUUUCUCACCAGCCGCCUCUUAACGGCUGCCAUGACCUUCGCGAGGUGGUUCGACAAGAUGCGCAAAGCUGCCGAUGAGUUUGAAGAGUUCUUGUUGAAGCAGUAUCAAGAAGAAGGACACUAUGGCUACUACAAAGUGAAGCAGGCCUUUCAGAAACAGGCCGAGGAGCGGAAGAGGUGGGCCCAGCGUCUCCUAGAGACAAAGGAAGCUUGCAAGAGGGAGGCGCACGAGAGUCAUGGCAAACGCCUCGAAGCUCAAAUCGAGAUGAGGCCCGAUGCAUCCGACUGGCGUGAGCGAGAGGCCGAGAAGGAAGUGGAACCUCCACCGGUGAGUGGUUUACCAAUCUCCGACCGCAGCCGCAAGAGCCGCUUGCAGACCCAGUCGCCGCUGAAGUCGGCCAGCGCCUCCCCGAUGGCCAUGGCCAUGACAGCCACGCCCUCCGCGCGGCGCUCCUCGUGGAGCACCAAGCGGAGUACCCACAUGGAAGAGCAAAUCAUGACGCUGCUGGGUCACGCUCGACAGCAUUUGGACGACUUGCAAAUCCUGGCGCAGGAGCAGAAGGUUAGAGAGCAGAAAGCUUAUGAAUUGUUGCUGCGCAUGUUGAUGAAGAGUCGCGUCUUGGAACGUCGGAAGCUUCGGAAAGCCACCAACAUUUCGCAACGCGUCAACUCGUUGAUGCCUGGGCGCUUUGUCGUCAUGCACCGAACCAAGUCCUGGUCGGAAUUGGAGGACUUUAGCGUGACUAGCUCCUUGUUGCAACAACAAGCCGUUUGUAAAGAGCUCAACGACCUCACUGUUCAGGUGGAGCUGAAAGAUAUUUGGACGGGCGUGGAGGGGAAGUAUCUGCUGAAAAAGAAGCCGAAACCAAAGAAGCAGGUGCUGAAAAGUCUACAGACCCAAGAGGCGAAAAUGGAGGCGGAGGCCAAGAGCAAACUAGGAACCCUUUGGGGCAAAGCCCGGGAGUCCGUCGCCGCAGGCAGCGCAGUGAGUGCCAUCCUGGGCAUCCAAGCCACGAAGGAGGCGGACGCCACGGCGGCCCGGGAAGCGCAGCUGCGAGCGGAGGCUGAGGCGCACGCACAGCAGCAGGCGGAGGCAACCGCAGCUUGGGAGCAGGCAGAGGUGCCUUUACGGCUGACGGAGUAUGAGGAUGAUAUUGAGGACUUGUACAACUUCCCGCCGCAUUUCUCGUUGGUGGACGUGCAACUCUUGUUGAGCGAUGCGGCAGUGACGCGAACGGAGAAGCUGAGGGAACUGCGACAGGAGAUUUCCAAAGUGGUGCAGCAUAUUGGAGCAGAGUAUGGCAGAGAAGCUUGGGAAUACAACGCGCAGACGCUACAAGCCCAUUCCAACUACAACCCCUGGGCGGCCCUGAUGCCCGUGGUGGAGAAGGAGAUGAUGAGCCUGGGAGAAAGUGGCCGUUUCUUCUUGUCUCGUCAGGAUGCCGCCAAUCUUCAGGAUUUGAUGCGUUUGAUGCGCGGCGUCAAAUCGCAGCUGGCUGUCGAGACUGCAAACCGCUCGCACUUCGAGGAUGAGGAAGAUCGCUGGACCUUUGUCUCGGAGGAUCAAAUCCGUGGACUGACCGAACAGCUUCGGCACCUCCAUUUGACUCUGAAUGAACGCAAGCAGAAGGCAGCCAAGUUGGACGUUCGAGCCGAGUUGACCCAGGAACUGGCACAUCUCCAUCCCGAGUUGCGUAGCACCUACGGCCUGGUGCAGAAGCAAAAGCCGCCAAAGCCGGAGACCUUUUUGUUCGCGCUGAAGUUCAAACACAAAAUGUCGGAAGCGCAGACUGCCACCAAGUUACGAGAGACGAAAGUGCAGUUGCAAGCAACCAUUGCCAACGCACAGAAGAUGAUGGGGGAAGACUACGAGGGGACGAAGAAACUGGAAGACGAGAAAGAGUAUGCGCAGACGCAGGUGCACUACAUGAGGCGUUUGCACGUGCACAUCCAGAUGAAUGAAAGUGCCACCUAUCAGUUGAAGCAGCUCCGCAGUGAACGCUCUUUGAAAAAGGCACAGCUGAAAGCUGCAGGAGUGGAUGUGGGCGACGAUGAAGGCGACCACAGAGGUUUGGCAAACGCCGGGGCGACGACGCCGUCGCCACGGGGGAAAGGCAAGAAGGCCAAAGGCAGCCGCGGCAAGGGCACGGCCACGGCGGGCUCUGCGGGCUCUGCCGAGAAAGGCAGCCCCAAACGAAGCGCCCGUAGUGGCGACCAGGAGACGAGGCCUCAGCCACGCGCUUCCUGGCUGGCGAAGGCUUCGCAGGCCGCCUCUCAAGCGUUGGCGCUGCCUGACUCGACCGAAGGCCGGCGCACCCCAAGUCCGCGCCAGAGUCCGCGCCAGAGUCCGCGCCCGUCGACCUUGCCUCAAAUUGGCGAAGACACUGUUGCCUCCGUUGGCCGUGCCUCUGUUUUCUUCAAAGAAGACCAUUCUGACCGGUCCCGGUCGUCCUCGGCAUCCUCGGGCAUUUUCGCCAGGCCCACUUUGAAGAAGCGCAACACCAUCGACCAGCGGAAGGAACAGUUCAACCGUCUCUUCACCCAAACCAUGCAGCGACGCCUGCGGACGGCCACGGACAAAGGCGCGGCGCUGAUCUUCCGAAAGUCACUAGCAGACGCCAGCAAGUCCCAACAGAUCACUCACAAGAUUUUGGAGUCGAAACGUGUGGAUUUGCAGAACCUCUUGCGUUUGACGUUGCAAAGAUUUGGCAUCAAGACCAAUCAGAGGAUCCAGUCAGCCAAAGAGCAGCACGCGCGCUGGGAAGGUGAGGUGGCCUACUUGGUGGACAAGUUGCGCCGAGGGCAGGGUAUGGCAGCCUUCUGGCAAGAUCGCUAUGAUGGCUGGCUGUCGCAGAUGGAGGGCCUGUUUGGUCAGUCCGUGUUCGAUGCCUUUGUCCACGCGGAUCGGACAUCGGAUCGGGAACAAUGGUCCCAGCGUCUGAUGGAAGCUCUGCACGAAGCUUUCGAUCGGAUGAGGGAAGAAACUCCGAGUCUCGCUGUGGACGUGAGUCGCCACAUCGAAGCGCCCGAGGACUCCACAGUCUCUACGGAGCACACCUGGCGCAGCGGCACGGUGAGUUUGGGCGACGCUCACCUGGCCAAACUCAUGCAGAGACAGGCACCGACCAUCGAUGAACCGCGAGCCACGGAGUCGCCAGCGACGCGAGCCACGAAGACCACAUUUACCACGUUGAAG